AUGACGACAGCAAAAAUCCAGAGGCUUCCGCGAGAUGUGAUAAAUCGAAUGGCGGCCGGCGAAGUGCUGGCGAGGCCCGGAAAUGCGAUCAAAGAGUUGGUGGAGAAUUCGUUGGAUGCCGGCGCCACUGAGAUUAUGGUUCAUGUUCAGGUACAGUAAUCUUGGGGGGUACUGUAGGUUUUGGCGGGAGAAACUUUGGAGCAUUUUGACACCGAAUAUGAAUAUUAAAAAAACUACAGUAACCUGAGCAUGUUUGGGCUCAAAAUGCUCCAAAUUAUCUCGCGCAAAAAACUACAGUAAUCUUGAGUACUGUAGGUUUUGUCGCGCGAAAAUUUGACGCAUUUUGACACCAAGUAUGAAUAUUAAAAAAGCUACAGUAACCCAGGCAAAUUCGGGCUCAAAAUCCUACAAAUUAUCUCGCGUCAAAAACUACAGUAAUCUUGGGGGUACUGUAGGUUUUGGCGCGCGUGAAAAUUUGACGCAUUUUGACACCAAAUAUGAAUAUUUUGAAAACUACAGUAACCCAGGCAAAUUUGGGCUCAAAAUGCUCCAAAUUUUCUCGCGUCAAAAACUACAGUAACCCAGGCUCAAAAUGCUCCAAAUUUUCAGAAUUGCGGCCUAAAAAUGCUGCAAGUGUGCGACAAUGGAAAAGGCAUAAAUCGCGAGGAUUUCGAGCUGGUCUGCGAGCGAUUUGCCACGUCAAAACUCGCCACGUUCGAAGAUCUCCAACACAUGCGCACCUACGGUUUUCGAGGCGAAGCGUUGGCGAGUUUGAGCCACGUGGCACGCGUCAAUAUUGUGUCGCGACAAAUUGAGCAGAGUUGCGCGUAUCAGGCCGAUUUUUUGGGUGAGUUCGGCGAAUUUGGAGCAUUUUGACACCAAACACGGUGUAUUUUGAAGACUGUGCCGCAAAAUUGCAAAAUUCUCCAAGCUCCGCCCCUUUUUCUGUGUCCUAUCCGAAAUUCUGCAUUUUUUGACACCCGACACGGUGUAUUUUGAAGCCACGCCCAUUUUUGCAAAAUUCUCCAAGCUCCGCCCCUUUUUCUGUGCCCUAUCCGAAAUUCUGCAUUUUUUGACACCCAACACGCUUUUUUGCAAUUUUGCGGCACGGAAAAAGGGGCGUGGCUUGAAAUUUACCAAGUUUAGUAUCAAGAAACCGCAACUUUUCGCCAGGGCACAGAAAAGUGGGCGUGGCUUGCAAUUUUGCGGCACACUCUUCAAAACAUACCGUGUUGGGUGUCAAAAUGCUCCAAAUUUUCUGAAAAUCUCGAAAUUUUCAGAUGGAAAAAUGCUGGCCACCUCAAAACCGGCCGCUGGAAAAACUGGAACCUGCAUAACCGCUCACGAUUUGUUCCACAAUUUACCGCAACGAAAAAACAAGAUUUUGUCGCAUUCCGAAGAGUCGCGGUUCAUUUUCGAGAUUUUGAUGAAAUUCGCCGUGCAUCGACCGUGAGUUUGGCUGAAAAUCUGAAAAUUUUGAGCAAAAAUGAUGAAUUUUGAGCUAUUUUUGAGGAAAAAUGACUGAAAAUCGCAAAUUUUCAGCCUGAAAUUAAUCUCAGAUUGAAAAUGCUGAAAAUCUGAAAAUUUUAAGCAAAAAUGAUGAAUUUUAAGCCAUUUUGAGCCAUUCCGAGCUAUUUUUGAGCAAAAAUUAAUUUCAGGUUGAAAAUCUGAAAAUUUUUGAGCAAAAACUAAGAAUUUUGAGCUUUUUUUGAGGAAAAAUGACUGAAAAUCGCAAAUUAUCAGCUUGAAAUUAAUUUCAGAUUGAAAAUGCUGAAAAUCUGAUAAAUUUUAAGCAAAAAUGAUGAAUUUUGAGCCAUUUCGAGCUAUUUUUGAGCAAAAAAAGCCUGAAAUUAAUUCUAGGUCAAAAAAUGCUGGAAAUUCCUAAUUUUCAGCUUGAAAUAAAUUUCAGAUUGAAAAUGCUGAAAAUCUGAUAAAUUUUGAUCAAAAACUAAGAAUUUUGAGCCAUUUCGAGCUAUUUUUGAGAAAAAAUUAAUUUCAGGUUGAAAAUUUGAAAAUUUCAAGCAAAACCCAAGAAUUUUAAGCCAUUUUGAGCCAUUUUUGAGCAAAAAAAAAACAAAAAAUGCUGAAAAUCUGAAAAUUUUCAGCCAAUUUUUUUUCCAGAGAUGUCUCAUUUGCUCUCCGUCAAAAUCAUUCGACCGAUUUUCGCACCAAAGGCGACGGCAACUUUCAAAACGUCGUGAAUUUGCUCGUUGGCAAUGACGUGGCAAACAAUCUGAUCGGCCUGAAUUUGGAUUCUCAACGCUUGAAAUUCCAGUUUUCCGGAUGUAUGGCGAUGCCGAUUUCAGCGGCCACAGCGAAAAUGAGCCAGGCUAGAAAGGUACGGGAGCCUACAGUUUUGGAGCUUAAAAAUAAAUAUGAAGAUUUUCUUUCAGAUUCGCCAGAAUUUCUUCAGUGUUUUCGUCAAUGGUCGAAGUGUCAGAUGUGAUAUUCUGAAGCAGCCGAUGGACGAAGUUUUGGCGCCGAAAAAUUUGAUUUGCCAAUUUUGCGCGGUUGAUUUGAAGGUAUUUGGAAAAAAAUGUCUGAUCUCGGGCGGGCUCGAACCGCCGGCCUUCUGUGUGUUAGACAGAUGUAAUAACCACUACACCACGAGAUCGCCUGGGAAAGCGUGGCGGAAAUUGCCAUGAUAUUUUUGGAAAAUGUUUUUUUUUGCAGAUCGAUGAAACUCGAGUUGAUGUAAAUGUUCAUCCCACCAAAGAUUCGGUGCUGUUUUUGGAAAAAGAGGAAAUUGUGGAGGAGAUUAAAGAGGUACUGUAGAUCAAUUUUUGGCGCUAAAAAUCGUGAAAAUUCGGUGUUUUUUAGUCUAGAAAGCUUUAAAAAGUGCCACGUGGCACCAAGACUACGGUAGAUCAAAUUUUGGCGCGCAUUUUUCUCUUUUUUUCAGUACCUUCAAAGAAUCGUUGAUGACUAUUUCAAAGAAUCGACUGAAAAUCAAAAUCCAGCUGAAAAUCUGGAAAUUUCAGCAAAAACCAUGAAAUCCAUCGAGGCGGUGAGAAGGCAAAGUUCGAGUAACUCGGAAAAUUUUCGAGUGGAAAAAAUUGGAGCAGAGCGGAAAAGAGUGGAUUAUAUGGUGAGCCUUUUUGCCUGCCACGUGGCUUUUUUCGAAUUUUUUUUUCAGGAAAUUCGAAACGAUUCAAAAGAGCGAAAAUUGGAUGAAUUUAUCAUAAAAUGCCCGAAAAAUGCGGAAAAAUCCGAAAUUUUGACGGAUUCUCACAUUUUGACGGAAAAUUCGACUGAAAAUGCAGAAAAUCUGGAUUUUACACUGAAUUUCAGCCAGGAAUCCACGAUUUUUGAUGAAAAUGAAAGUUUGGAGGAUUUUGAAGAGGAAGACGAGGAUUUGGAUGAAAAUGUGAGAUUUUGAAUGAAAAUUUCAGGAUUUUCAGCAUUUUUUGAGAUAGAAGAAUGAAAAAUCAUGAAAAUCUGAAAAUUUUGACCUAAAAUUAAUGUUUGAACCAAAUUUUCAAGAAUUUUCUGUUUUCGUUUCAAUUUCAGCUCAAAAUUUUCUGAUUUUCAUGAUUUUUCCCGAAUUUUCAGCCAAAAAUCUGAAAUUUUGAAUUUUCAGCGUCGAAUUUUCGACUUCACUUCUUUGGUCGAAUUGAAGCAACAAAUUGAGGAUGAGAAAUGUUUGAGCUUGAGGUAAUUUUUGAAUUUUUCAAAUUUCGCGCUAAAAAAUCCACGUUUUUUUCGCGCGAAAACCCAAAAAUGUGAAUUUUUCAGCGAAAUGUUCAAAACCUUCAAUUUCGUUGGAUUUUUGGACCCCGAAAAUCUACUAAUUCAAUUUGGAACCAGCCUAUAUUUGCUGAAAUUCGCUGAAAUUCUGAAAUCCUAUUUUUAUCAAUCGAUAAUCGAAAAUUUCGGCAAUUUUGCCAGUUUUCGCCUCGAAAAUCCGCUUGAAAUCGGCGAGAUUUUGUCUGAAAAUGAGCUGGAAACGAUUCUCGAAGAGAAUUGUGAACUUCUCGAGGACUAUUUCGCGUUGAAAUUCGAAAAAUCCGCUGAAAAUCGCUGGAUUUUGACUGAAAUUCCGGAAAUCUGCGCGAAUUUUGUGCCACAACUCGAAAAAUUGCCGGAAUUUCUCAAAAAUCUCGCCGAAAAUGUCGAUUUUCACGCGGAAAUGCCGUGUUUUCGCGAUUUGGCCCGCGUUUUCGCGCAGUUUUUUGUGGUGGAGACGAGAUUUUUGGCAGAGGAUGGAAAUGGUGUUUCGGGAUUUUGUGAGCUUGGAUGGCGAGAGCAAAUGAGGAGGAUUUUGGGGAAAAUUAAGAGGAAUUUGGUGCCCAAUGAGCAGAUGAAAGAGGUGAGUUUUUGGCUGGAAAUUUGGGUUUCUGGGCUGAAAAUCUGAAAAUUUCAGCUAUUUUUGAACUAGGAACUUUGAAAAAAAAACAUGAAAACCUGAAACUUUUUUUUCAAGUUCUGAAAAAUUUUCAGAACUUUAAUAUGAGCAAUCCAAAAGAAUCUAGACAUUUUCAACCAAAUUUAGUAUGACAUGAGCAAUUUUUUGAAAAAGACUCCAAUUUUCCAUGUAUGUAGUUUCACAUGAGCAAUCCUCUAAAAUCGAUUUUUCAAAAUUUUUGAAGCUUGCUCAUAUUAUAUUCUGAAUUCUAAGGAUUGCUCAUGUUAAGCAGAAUUUUAAGUUUAAUAUGAGCAAUCUGAUUUUCAAACAUUUAGUUAGCAUGAGCAAUCCUCAAAAUUUUGAAAAAUCGGUUUUUUAUCAAAAUUUCGAAUUGCCACGUCAUAGCUCAAUUUUUCAAAAUUUUCAAAUUUUUUUUGCAGCACAUAAUUCAAUUGGCCGACUCACACGAUUUGUACAAAGUUUUCGAGAGAUGUGGUGGAUAA